AUGCUCAAAGCUCAAGGUAAGGGCCUUAACAACACUCAUUAAUCUGCUUACUGCACCAUGAUGUGUGGACACUUUUUCGAUACUUGUUGAAAUUAUACUUCAAAUGGAUAUGAGUAAUAGGGCAAUUUCAAUUUGGAUAUAGACACAAGCUCGACAGAAGAGGAGACUGAAGAAAAGUAUGAAGAAAAGUAUGGUAAACUGAUUUAUUAACAUGCCCUUACCUUGCAAUGCCUCAAAUUCAGCUGAAUUCAAUGUGCCAGCUUCGGUAUGCUCUGCAAAUUCAAGAAACUAAACCAGCUCAUCAUCUAUUGGUUUAUAAAUAUUUUUCAAUUCCUGACAGCCAAUUUAAUCACUGAUAAUGCGGCGUGCUUAGGACAAAGCCUGGGUAUGGGUUCAAUUGUCCAUUGUAAAUAUUAACCCAAGAAAACUGUCCAAGUGAUUAAUUUAACCAACAUCUGGUGGUUGUGUUGGACUAUUACUAAUAACUAUGAGGCCAUUUCAAAGCACCACUAAUAACUACCUCACUUUCAUAGUGAAAUAUCAAGUGGGUGCUUCAAGACAUCUGAAUGGUGCUUUGAAUGCUAUGAAUGAGAUUGAUUAUGCAAGCAUAUAGAGUAAUAUAGAAUGGAUAAUGAAUGAGAAAAUGUGCUUAACUUUCAAAGUUGAAGUUACGAUGGAAGAACCAAAUGAUCAGUGAACAUGUUUAAAUGUCUAUCUCAUAGUUUUUCUUACUAGUAUAUACAGCAUUGCUGCUUUAAAACUAUUGUGUGUGUGUGUGAGAGAAAGGAUAAUAAAUGUUUAGAAUUUGUGGUACUGUAAAGUUUUUACUUCAUAAUAUAUAUAGUAUUUUAGUCCCUUUUUUGUUGUAUACCAUGCCUUCUUAUAUUGAAUGUAUUGCACUGUUUUAUUGCUGUAGCUAAUAAAAUGUGAAAUUCCUAAUAAAACGCUUGAGUUUAAUUAUGAACAAUAGCCACAUGGAAAUAUUAUAAUGAGCUAGUAGUAAACACAACUAUAUGCUUAUAUGCUUGUGAGUGUAUUCUGAAUGCUUUAUGUACAGGUUAACUGUCAAAAUAAAGGAAACACCAACAUGAAGCAUCUUAAUAGGGCAUUGGGCCACCACGAGCCUCCAGAACAGCUUCAAUGCGUCUUGGCAAAGUUGGCAUAGAUUCUACAAGUGUCUGGAACUCUAUUGGAGGAAUGCGACACCAUUCUUACACAAGAAAUUCCAUCAUUUGGUGUUUAGUUGAUGGUGGUGGAAAACGCUGUCGCGGGAGCCGCUCCAGAAUCUCCCAUAAGUGUUCAAUUGGGUUGAGAUCUGGUGACACACACACACACAUACCCUUUAAAUCCCCUAUGCUCCUUUGAGACCUCCCUUUCAGUCACAGAGAUCUCUUCUUCUAGCCAUGGUAGCCAAAACAAUGGGCGACUGUGCAUUUUUAUACAUGACCCUAAGCAUGAUGGGAUGUCAAUUGCGUAAAUAAACUCAGGAACCACACGUGUGGAAGCACCUGCUUUCAAUAUAAUUUGUAUCCCUCAUUUACUCAAGUGUUUCCAUUAUUUUGAAUGUGGUCUUGUGUUACAAGGUGAUGUUACCUUUAUGUAAUACUUCAGAAAGCCACAGGAGUGCAGCAUUAACAUAUAAAACUAUCCCAAAACAUUAAAUUCUAAUGGUUUAUAGAUUAUCUACUGUUAUGGUCGUCAAUUGACAGUGCCAUUGAGUAAUAAUUGAAGGGGAAAAGGUUUAAUUAAUUGAUUUAUUUUUUAAACACAAUCAAAUAAUGAAGUCUCAGGAAGCUUUCUAAAAGACAGAGGUAGGCUCGAGUUCUCGUGAGCUGUCAGACCGCCUGUGAGGAAAUGUCUGAGGCAGCCUCAGUGAUUAAAGACUCAGACAGGCCGGGUAGAGUGCAUGGUCCCAGGUUAUCAAUAGCAUAGCCUUGUGAGGGGUCAGCCUCUGAGCCUAAGAAAUAUUCACCCUGGGGACAGCUGGACCUAGCAGGGGCAAGUGUGAGGGCAUUUCUCUUUUUCUAAAGCACGUCAAUAGAGACCAUAUAUAGAGAGUCUAUGAGGUGUGAGGUCUGACAGAAGGGAGAUGUUUAAUCACAAUAAUUUUCACUGUCCGCUAUGUAUAGCUCCACUAAAUGUAGAUGUUAUCUGGAGUUAUUGUUAUCUGACACUUUGCUUUUAACAAGCUGUUAAUGGAUAAAUACAGAACAUUUUGGUCAUAUGAAGAGCUUCAUUCCGAAACGCUAUAUAUCCACUUUCAGAAAUGUUUUUAAAUUAGCUUUUAUUGUCUAAAGAAAUUAUGAAAGAAAUUUGUGUUUUUUCACUAUCUAAUCAUGGCAUGGGUUUCAAUGACAGACAUAUAUUUGUAUAACAUCUAUCACUUGAUGGUUUCAUUUCAAAAAUACAAAUAGUCAUGUUUUUUUGCAAAAUGCUAUAUAAUCGCCUCACUCUCAGAGAAAUAAGUACUGCUAGGUUUUACAUGGUCAAAUGUAACAAAUUACUACAUUUUAAUUAAGAAAUGUACAAAUUAUACAUUUGUGACAUCAAUAUAAAAAAUGUAACAUGAGAUCUGUUUGUAAACCUUUUAUAUUUGACAUUUUAGUCAGUCAGCAGAUGCUCUUAACCAGAGCGACUUACAGUAGGUGCAUUCAUCUUAAGAUAGCUAGGUAAAUAAUAAUAAUAAUAUGCCAUUUAGCAGACGCUUUUAUCCAAAGCGACUUACAGUCAUGCGUGCAUACAUUUAGCUAGGUGAGACAAACACAUAUCACAGUCAAAUAUACAGGAUACAAAUAUUAUAUUCAAGCUAAACAAUGGAUAUAUAGCAUUUAGCAACAAACAAAAAACAUUUUCAUACACAUCUAAAAUGUAUGAAUUUAAAAUCGGAGAACAAUAAUAUUUUACACACACAUGAAGGUACCCAUAAGCAAUCCUUUCUGAUGAAAAAACACAAAUGUGAAAGAAUUGUGGAUAUAGCGUUUUGGAAAUAAACUCUUCGUAUGGUAAGCAUUCAUACUGUACCUUUCAAAGUGCAGAUUUGCAAUGUACCAUAUGUGACUUAUCUGACCAUACAAUUUGAUGCUUAAAGGGGUACAUUUUAUCCCUACAAUGAACUGAGGUCAGUUUAACCAAACAUGGUUUUGUCUCUUUUAGGUAAAGUAAAUAUAACUGCUUCUGUUUGGAAGGAUGUCCUCUGUUGAAUUUACAACCACCACAGACUGUGAGAUUCCUGUCAGCCUGUCAACAAUGACACAGGAGUACGUGCCAGUCAAUCACAACCAUAACAAAGAAUGGAGGGCCCACCUUUUUCCAUUUUCUGAUGCUCUCCCACCCCCACACAGCCACAGGACUUGGAACACUUCACCUUUCAACUCCACCCCCCCCCCCCCCCCCCCCCCCCCCUCCCAAUCCCCCUGCAUGUGAUAGCAAAGCCACUCCCUUCACAGUGAAUUAUAUUUAGAGCCAAUCCACGCAAGACUAAAACCCACCCCCCAAUGGACUACUUAGAUGCCACUCAGUCGUAAAGAAACAUCACUUUAGCAGUGGGCUUUAUAAUUUUCUACAGGGAGUGAGUGUACUCAUCCUAGCUAACUGACAGUGUAAAAGGGUUCUUACAGAGGUCCUAUUGGUGGUUACUUUUACAGGACACAUUUAUGGGGCGUAAGUAAGGAGAUUCAACAAGAGCUAAAAACUCAUCGAAAUCAUUUGUAGACAAGAUAGCUUAACAUUAGUAGUGUAGGGUCAUCACUAUCCAAGGACAUGGUCUUGUCGGGGACAGGAUUUCCACAGUGUAGACUGUGAUGGAUAGCGACCUAAGUGGAGACGCCACCACUGGAUCUGCAAUUUCACUGGAGAUGAGCAUCAUGGGAAGGUGGGUCUUGACACACUGUGUCUAUAAAAGUUUCAACUGAAGAAACGUACAUUGGAAAAUCAUUUUUAUUAAUGGUCCUUGCAGUCAUGUGCUCAUACUGUAAGAGACCAGUAAUUACGUAAAUUCACUGUAUCAUAAGUAUGUAAUACCUCCAAAAGCAGGUUGGUCAAUAUUAGUCUCUGAAUUUCUGAAAUGGUUCAACUUCAAACUGUAAUGAGGGAAGACAACCAUUUCAGAGUAGUUACAGUGCAGUCUCUACUAACCAGGCCAGAAUUGUUAUAAAAUAUUAUUAGUGUGUAAUAAGAGCAGAGUUUAACAGAUGACGUCAGAGAUGAUUAGAUCAUGGACUAUUAUAAAUGUAAUCAGACAAGUCCUAGAUUGAGAAAAGUUAUUGGCCAUCCACAUGUAUACUGUCAUGGAAGGCUAUUAGGUAACAGCAACCUAGUUUUUAAUAAUUUUAAAAUCCCUGUGGGGAAACACAUCUGGGAACCUGACCGCCACUUCCAGAGGGAAGUCUAACUGGCAUCAAUGAGUAGGUAUGUUUACUAAAGUGUCCACUCACCCCUGGGAAUGUACCGGUAACCUAUAUCUAGGGAGAGGAGAGUUGCACCCUGUUGGGCCAUGUGUGUGUCAGUGUGUGUGUCUUGGAGCUCCUCCAUCUGAUCUCCAGUUUACACUGCCUGGCAGUAGGCUACAGUGGCCAGGCCACCAUCUGCUCCAGGGCAUACUCUCUGGGUAAUGGGUACAGUCAGUACUUAGUCUGCAUGCAAUGGGCAUUCAUACAUGAUACCUGUAAUACUAAGAUGACAGGCAGGGGACUAUUAACUUUUGAGACUAUUAACAGGAUCAGUAUGAGGAUGAGAUACAUAUACUGCUCUAGAACCUUUCAGAUGGGAGACAACCUAUUUCUAUGAUCUAUUCCUGAUAUACUAUCACAUACUGAAUACACUAAAUACAACAUAUAAAGUAGCCUACAACUAAGUACAACGAGUGUGAUCAAUAUACAGGUAACUGCCAAAAUAAAGGAAACACAAGUAAAUUAGGGUUCUGAUGGCUCUGUUAUGGUGUGGUUGCUUUUUCCUGGCAUGGUUUAGGUCUGCUCAACCCUUAGAGGGCAAGGUAAACACCAAUAAAUACACAGAUCUUCUGAGUGAUCGCCUUCAACCUAUGGUGAAUCAUUUAUAUCCUGAUGGGAGUGACGAGUGGUCACUGAAUGGUUUGAUGAGCAUGAAAAUGAUGUAAACCAUAUGCCAUAGCCGUCUCAGUCACCAGAUCUCAACCCAACUGUCAGAGAUUCUGGAGCGGUGCUUGAGACAGCGUUUUCCACCACCGUUAACAAAACACCAAAUUAUGGAAUUUAUUUUGGAAGAAUGGUGUCGCAUCCCUCCAAUAGAGUUCCAGACACUUGUAGAAUCUAUGCCACGGCGCAUUGAAGCUGUUCUGGCGGCUCGUGGCGCCCCAAUGCCCUAUUUAGACACUUUAUGUUGGUGUUUCCUUUAAUUUGGCAGUUACCUGUACAUCAUCCGUUCAUACAAUGUGCUCAAAUCUCACCUAUAAUAUAUAAAUUGAUAUUGGUAAGGAUGCAAACUUUCAAAAUGCCCAUAAAUUCUGGUUGAAAGAUUCCCUGAAUCAAGUGAGAAAAAACAGGAAAUCCGUAAUCCUCCAACCAGGAUGUCUGGAAACCUGGGAAUUUAGAGAAAGUUACCAGAAUUUUGCAACCCUUGAUGGGAGGUUUCUCCUGAAGGAAACAGGUGUUACUUUAAGGGUGGAUAUCCUGCUGUUGUCUGUGGUGUAUCCAUUAAAUUAAACAUGCUAAUAAAAACAGAGGAACUUUGAGGAAAUGUAUUUCUCUCAGGAUAAUGAAGGGAAAACCCCAAAAUUACAUACACACCACCCUGAGCUUUUCUACAAGACGUUUCACAAGCAUAUGGCAACAACCUAGGAACAUGACCAACAUUAUACUCUUCUUCAUGUUUUUCAGAACUUCUCACAUUUUGGAGAAAUGUUGAGGAUAAGGACUCCAGCUUGUGAAAAAUAAACUGUGUGGAAAUGACAAGGCCAUAGGUUGGUAACUAGUCAAAGUCUAGACAUUACUUUAUCUUCAGAUAAAUAAUGGCAAAUUAUUACCAGGAAGCACCAAUCUCACUUAUUAGUUGGUCUCUGCAUGGUGCAUGGACCACAUUCAUGUAUUUAACAAAUGUUUUCAUGCUAGAAGAAACAGACCCACAUAAACUUGGAGCAAAACCUCAUAUAUGAAAGUGAAUCUGGUUAAUUUACAGAAACCCUCUCAAACAAAUAUAAAAAACUGCACCUCUGAGCCAAACACUAGAAACAAGUUAUUGAGCUGGAGAGGUCUGUAUAGCCACAGUAAAAAUACUUGGCUCUUAUCUUCAAAUGCAUGAGUUUACAACCAAAUACAUUACAAAUGGAAAUGCAUCACAUAGGUACAUUUAUUAUGCCACCCUAGGUGUAAUGAUAUAGUAAUGGUGAGGCAUGUUUCUCAAGCUCUCCAAGUUAUUAUGCAACGGUUUUCAAUGCAAUUUUGAUGUUUGUCUCUUAUGCAAUGCAUUAGUUAAUAUGUUUUUAUUCUGAUUGCAGGUUCCUGUUUUGGAUCACUCUGUAGGACUGAGCCUAUGAGUGAGCCACUAUGGGGGACUGGAACUUGUUGGGCAAGCUGCUGGAGAGUGCCCAGGAGCACUCCAGUGUAGUGGGCAAGGUCUGGCUGACCGUGCUCUUCAUCUUCAGGAUCCUGGUGUUGGGAGCUGCAGCUGAGAAGGUGUGGGGUGACGAGCAGUCUGGCUUCACCUGCGACACCAAGCAGCCUGGUUGUCAGAAUGUCUGCUAUGACAAGACUUUCCCCAUCUCUCACAUCCGCUUCUGGGUGCUGCAGAUCAUCUUCGUGUCCACACCCACUCUGAUCUACCUGGGCCACAUCCUGCACCUGGUGCGCAUGGAGGAGAAACAGAAGCAGAAGGAGAAAGACUUGGCUGCGCAGCUGGCCAUCCACAAUGACAAGCAGCAACUGGUGCCCGACACUAAGCCCAAGAAGCCCCCCGUCAGGGACGAUCAGGGCCGCAUCCGCCUGCGAGGCGUCCUGCUGCGCACCUAUGUCUUCAACAUCAUCUUCAAGACCCUGUUCGAGGUGGGAUUUAUCGUAGUUCAGUACCUGCUGUAUGGGUUUGAGCUGAAGCCACUGUACACCUGUAACCGCUCACCCUGCCCCAACAUGGUGAACUGCUACAUCUCCAGGCCCACAGAGAAGACCAUCUUCAUCCUCUUCAUGCUGGCAGUGGCGUUCAUCUCGCUGCUGCUGAACCUAGUGGAGAUGUAUCACCUGGGGUUCACCAAGUGCCGCCAGGGCCUCCGGUACAGACGCGCCCAGUCCACAUGUGAGGCAGGGUACAAGACCCCCAGCGAGGCAGUGGUGCCCUUUGUCCCGAACUUAAACUACUUCCCCAGGCACCACCCAGCCCCUGAGCCCUACCAUGCAGACCAGUACAUCUUGACUAAGCCUGACUCUGCCUACCACCCCUACAGCAGCAAAGUGGCUUACAAGCAGAACAGAGACAACCUGGCCGUAGAGAGGAACAGUAAACCAGAAGGGAGUGACACCACAGAAAUGAAAGGCUCCAGUUCUGCUCCAGGGUCGCCUGCAGAGAACCAACGGCGACCCAGUCGAUCCAGCAAGCACAGCAAUAAUAAGACCAGACUAGACGAUCUAAAGAUCUGA